AAAUAUAUGAAGCUUAAAAUUAGAAUGCAGGAAAUCGCUUGGAGCCAGGGCUUUUCACCAGACCCCACUGUGAAGCUUAAAGCAAUCCCCCGGACAUUGCCAGAUGGAGGGAGAACCUGCUGCCUCUCCAGUAUUAUUUCCAGAAGACAUUUAAAAUUGUCUACAAACCAAUAUAUUUCUGAAAAAAAAAAAGACUUAAACCGACUAGCUUUAAUGAACCAAUAUCUCACACACAUACAAAUCAGCUCGCCCCACAAAUUCCUAAUUUAAUUUCAUUUGACCUGCAGUCUUGUUACUCAGAGAAAUAGUGAAUUGUGGACAGAACAAGAAAGGGUUUCCGAAGCUCAGAAAUGUUGAAAAAAUGCUUUGCAUUUAGGGCUCUGCCCCUAAACCCACCGGGAGAUCUUUCAACACUCCCCAAGACCAAUAGCUGAUUAAGGGGGUGGCAAACAUAAACUUUUUGAUCUUUAUGGACAUCAUUAAUAAAAGUUUGAAUAGCAUAGGUAUCAUGUAAAACCACUUGUUUGUCUUGAAAGUCUUAAGAAAGAAAACAAGAUUUGCAUGAUUUUAAAAUGCAACCUUAUGGUGUGCCCUAGGUAGCUAACACAUAAUAGGAAGACAUUCUGUGAACUAAUGGCAAGUCCUGAUACAUGGGGUGAAAGCAGCCUGUGUUCUCCAGCUGCUGGCAUAUUUAUUCAUGCAACUGGACACAGUGGUACAGUAGGAAACUUCUACAAAUUGGCCAAGGUGAUAUUGACCUCUGAUGACCACAUUUUGGCUCAACUGCUGGAUCUAGGCUUUGACCCAGAUUCUCGAGAUGAAGAUGGAAAUACUCCCUUAAUGAUUGCAGUUAGAGAAGGUAACAAGAAUGCUAUUAAUAUACUCAUUGAUCACUGUGCUAAUGUAAAUGCCUGCAAUAACUCAAAUGAAUCUCCUCUGAAAAUGGCUGCCUGGGCUGGGUCUCCAUGGACAGUGGCAUUACUCUUGAAAAACAAUGGAGAUCCAAACAUCACAGACAUUAGAAAGGAGACAGCUUUAAUCCAGGCAGUGAAGCAAAAAAAUACUGAUAUUGUUAGGAUUUUAUUAAAUGCAGGUGCUGACAUAAAUGUCACUGACCAGUAUGGGUUGACUGCUGUAUCCUAUGCUGUCAGUUCUGGAGUUCUGGAAUUGGUGGAGAUCUUGCUUCAGGCUGGAGGCAAUCCUAAUGCACUUGACAGGUAUAGAUGCAAUUCUCUGAUCAGAGCUGCAGAUGCAGGAAAAGAUGAAAUUGUUGCUGCUUUGCUAAACUCCAAAGCUGAAGUCCAUGUCCCCAAUAAAUCUGGGGAUACAGCCUUGAUCUUUGCAAGUCAGUUUUGCAGUGUGCCUACUGUUAGGCUCUUAUUAAAAGCAGGGUCUAAAAUCAAUCACAGAAAUGACAGGGGUGUGACAGCUCUGCAUGUGGCAGCUGACCGCGGACGUGCUGAUGUUAUCAAGUUACUGGUGGAAAUGGGGGCUGACGUGAAUGCUCAGAAGCUGGAUGGAAGUACAGCCCUCAUGUGUGGUGCUAGGAUCAGCUGCGAUGUUGUAAAAGCACUGAUAGAGGCAAAAGCAGGCUUAGAUGUCACUAACUGUUCAGGACACACAGCCCUUUUGAUUGCUGCCACUUGGGGAUCUUUUGAAACAGUUGUAGCACUGGUGGAAGCUGGGGCGGAUGUAAAUGUGCUAACAAAAGACGGAGAAACAGCAAUCAUGAGUGCUGCCAGGUUUAAUCGAAACAGAGCUGUAGAAUAUCUGCUGAAAUCAGGUGCCUGGACAGAUGUCAUUCAUAAAGGUGGUUCACUCAACACAGUAUUGACAUAUGCUUGCCAGUUUUGUCUUUCUGAAACAGUAAUGCUUUUGCUUGAGUCUAGGAGCCAGAAAGAACUUCUUCUACACCAUGCUAAUGCCCAAGGUCACACUGCACUCACUUAUGCUUGCAUGGCAGACAGGCCCACCCUUGUAUCCUUCCUUGUUGCUGCAGGCCUGGAUGCUAAUGUUAGAACAAUUUCUAAAGAUACUCCAUUAAUUUUAGCCUCACACUAUGCAGGACCAGAGUCCAUAAAAUGCUUGAUCAAAGGAGGGGCAGAUGUGAAUACUGCCAACAAGAAUGGAGUCACACCCCUUUUAAAUGCUGUAAAGAGAAACAAACUUGAAGUUGUGAAAGCUCUGCUGUGGAAUGGAGCUGAAAUAGCUACCGAGUUGCACCUGGCAACUCUACAGGGAUAUCAAAACAUUGUUCAGCUGAUGGUGCAAAGUGGUGCCUCUCCAACUAUCAUCAAUACUCAAAUGUUAUUUGAUGAGGUGAACUCUCACACCUCUUAUGGAAUCACCUGGUCAAACCCCAAUGUACAGGCUCUAUCACAGCUUGGCAUGGACCAUUCUCCCUUGAGCAUGGCAUUACUAGCUGGUCAUUGGGACUUAGCUAGAUUCUUCCUUCGAAAUUGGUUUUUAACAUUUUCUGACUGCACACAUCUACCCUACCUGAAAGCCUUCAGACAUUAUUUGACUGUGAGAAAUAUGUCAGAAUGCUUACAAAUCUUAGAAGCAAUGUCUUCACAACCAUGGAGGCUCUUGAUCUUAAGCUUUGCUGUGGCUUCUAAAGCAUUGGGUCAUGGUUCAGAUCGAGCAUUAAAAAUUCAAAAGUUGAAACUGCCUCCAAUGUUUGAAAGAAGAUUUCAAUUUCGUGAUAUAACAGCCUUUCACUUUCCAGUUGAAUGGACUAAUUUUUCAAUGGAUGAAAUUUCUUAAUUUAGUGUCUUUUUUGCUUUUUUAUAUUUCACUUUAAAUGAGACUUGAUUAAUCCAUAAAUUGACUUGUUGGUUUGUCAGGAUUUCUCUUUUAAGUGGAAAUGUAUUUGUUGGACUAAAAAUGCUAUGUUGUUUCUAUUUAUUAUUUAAAUUUUGAUUUCAAUGUGAUACAAAAAUAUUUCAGCAUUUAAAUAAAUAUUUUCAUUUAAAUUUGU